AUGGCUACCAGUCAUAGUCGGACACCACCGGACUUUGAUAUGAGUCAUCCUGCAGAAUGGCCGCAGUGGCUCCACCGAAUAAGGAGCUACGUCCUACUACAAGGCUUCAGUAGGGAGGCAGACAAGGUGGAUGUGCUCCUGACAGUGCUGGGAAGUUCCGCCAUCACUCUACUGGAAGGUCUGAUGGCACCCAGGGACAUAGAGGCAUGCACUUUCGAUGAGCUGACAUAG